AUGGCCGACAUCAUCGACCCCCGAAUGACCUCCGUCCAACCUCGCAUCCGAUACAAUACAAUCGGAGGCAUCAACGGUCCCCUCGUCUUCCUCGACAAUGUCAAAUUUCCCCGCUACAAUGAGAUCGUCUCCUUGACCCUCCCCGAUGGAACUGAGCGGUCGGGUCAGGUUUUGGAAGCUAGAGGAAGCCGAGCCAUCGUCCAGGUGUUCGAAGGUACACCAGGAAUUGAUGUUAAGAAGACCAAAGUCGAGUUCACCAACCACAGCUUGAAGCUCGGUGUCUCUGAGGACAUGCUGGGUCGUAUCUUCGAUGGUUCCGGUCGCGCGAUUGACAAGGGACCCAAGGUGCUGGCAGAGGACUACUUGGAUAUCAACGGUCAACCUAUCAAUCCGUACUCAAGAGUGUACCCCGAAGAAAUGAUUUCGACCGGUAUCUCCGCUAUCGACACGAUGAACUCCAUUGCCCGUGGGCAGAAGAUCCCCAUUUUCUCCGCCUCCGGUCUCCCUCACAACGAGAUUGCGGCUCAGAUUUGUCGCCAGGCUAGUCUGGUCGGCAAGCCGACGAAGGACGUCCACGACGGCCACGAGGAGAACUUCUCAAUUGUCUUCGCUGCCAUGGGUGUUAAUAUGGAGACCAGUCGAUUCUUCACCCGCGACUUCGAGGAGAACGGAAGUAUGGAGCGAGUGACGCUCUUCCUGAACUUGGCCAACGACCCUACCAUUGAACGUAUCAUUACUCCUCGUCUGGCUUUGACUACAGCCGAAUACUACGCCUACCAGCUGGAGAAGCACGUCCUGGUUAUCAUGACUGAUCUGUCAGCUUACUGUGACGCUCUUCGUGAAGUCUCGGCGGCCCGAGAAGAAGUGCCCGGUCGUCGUGGUUAUCCCGGUUACAUGUACACUGACUUGUCCACCAUUUAUGAACGUGCCGGACGAGUACAGGGCCGCAAUGGGUCCAUCACUCAGAUUCCCAUUUUGACGAUGCCUAACGAUGAUAUUACGCAUCCCAUUCCCGAUUUGACUGGAUACAUUACGGAAGGACAGAUCUUCGUGGAUCGUGGUCUCGAUAACAAGGGCAUCUACCCCCCAAUUAACGUCCUACCCUCUCUAUCCCGUCUGAUGAAGUCCGCCAUUGGUGAGGGCCGUACUCGCAAAGACCACUCCGACGUGUCCAACCAGCUCUACGCUAAAUAUGCCAUCGGACGAGAUGCCGCCGCCAUGAAGGCCGUCGUCGGAGAAGAAGCUCUCUCCUCAGAGGAUAAGCUCUCCCUAGAAUUCCUCGACAAGUUCGAACGCACCUUCAUCAACCAGUCCGCCUAUGAGUCCCGCACAAUCUUCGAAUCCCUCGACAUCGCCUGGAACCUCCUCCGCAUCUACCCCAAGGAACUCCUCAACCGUAUCCCCAAGCGCGUCCUCGACGAGUUCUACGCGCGAUCUGCGCGUAAGAUCCCGAACAAGGAUACCCGCGACAACGUGCCCGAUCAGACGCAGGAGCAGACGGGGGACUUGAUUGAGACUUAG